AUGUUUCUGCUUCCCUCUACAGUUGCCAUUUUGACGGCAUCUGUUUGCAAGGCGGCGCUGAUAAAUGCACGACAAAGUUUGGCAGGAGGCUGCGGAUCGGAACGUCCAAGCGCGCACUUUCUACAAAUUUCCCACCAUCUCGCAACCAAUUCGUCACUCCAUAGUAGUCGAAAACGGGCAGAUAUUGAAGUCGCAACCUUUGCACAUGUUGUGUAUGCCAACAAGUCCGUCGAGGGCGGCUAUCUAAGUGAGGAAAUUAUUCACAGAAAUAUAGACAUCAUCAAUCAUCAAUAUGCUCCUGCGGGAAUUUCUUUUAGCUUAAAAAAUUUGAGCUAUACGGAGAACGCGGACUGGGCUUUGGGCAAGGACGAAUUCGCCAUGAGGUUGAAGCUACGAGGCGGAGGGUACAACGACCUGAAUUUGUAUUUUGUUGCGGACAUUCCGUAUAAAUCUGAGCAGGACUGGGGUGUCAGGGGCAUAUGCUCCCUUCCCACCACUCGUCCUGAUAGCCUCAGGUGGACACUCGAUGGCUGCUCUCUUCUUUCAAGAAUGCUGCCUGGUAGUAAUGGUACUGCUGAGAACAUUAGUAAUUCGACGGCAACUCACGAAAUCGGACACUGGCUUGGAUUAUUGCACACUUUCGAAGGCGGCUGCGGAGGUGAAGGAGACGAAAUUGGUGAUACGGUUGCUCAGGCAGGCCCGACUAAGCUUUGCCCGACUGGCGACCCCCCUCACUCGUGCAAUUUGCCGGAUCCUGACAUGAUAAAGAACUUCAUGGACAUCUCGACCUGCACCCGUAGUGAGUUUACCGCCGGCCAGAUCGCGCGCAUGAAAGACUGGGAAGAUAUUCGUCGGGACGUAAGCACCGACAAGCCAACUCCUUGGUUAGAGUCCGAUGAAGGGUUGGUCAAAGAAUUCUGUGACAAGCGUGCUCUUAGUGCUUCUAACUCCUGCCUGGCUGCGAGGAAGUAUUGCUUCGCGAAAGGCAAGGCAGACGGUUAUGAUACGCUUGAGAGCUGCGUUGACGCAUACAAAGCUGGAAAGAUAACUAGCUUCGCUUGGAUUUUGCCAACUCCUGCGUACCUGCAGGGAGACAUUGCCUCGUGA